ACAGAUCCACGCAAUGUCACCAAGUCAGAUACAACUUUUUGCUUAGCAAAAAAUAAAUCAAAAACAUGAAAUUUAUCGUAGUUUUCGCCCUUCUCGUUGUCUCCGUGUGUGCCGCGCCACACAGGUUCGGUGGACGCGACAGCGGUGAGAUGCAAGGAUUCCGUCCAUUCGGGGGACAACGCCCACCACCAAUGUUCGGCGGGAUGGGACCAUUCGGCGGUUUCCGACCAUUCGGCGGGAUGAGACCACCAUUCCAACAGGGUGGUCGACGACCAUGCAGUUCCACGGCGGCCCCACAGACCACCACGUCCGCUGGUACGACGACCACCGCUGCGACCACCACUACCGCAGCCACGACCACGACCGCUGCUCCAUCCACGACCACGGUUGCGACCACAACAGCUGAUACGACCACGACAGCGGCUACGACCACGACAGCGGCUACGACUACGACCGUUGCUCCUUGAAUUAAUCGACUAGUUUAGCGUUGCAACUUGAUUAAUUGGCUGUGUAAUAUUUUAAAUUUAAAAUAAAACUUGAAAUUCUUGCAAAAAUGAA